GUACUAAUAUCUAAAUACAUCCAAGGUGGAGAAAGUAUUUUUUUUAUACAGCUAGGUAGCUAAUGUUAGACAUACAAAGUGUAGAAUCAAGAUGAGUGUUCGGUAAUUUUUUGUUAAACGUUCAUAAAGACAUACGAAAUGAAAUUUGGUUUUGUUAUCACAAAAAGAUGUUUUAUUGUCCUACUAUUGGGAACGUUAGGCACAACACUUACUUCGAGCCUGACGAUACAGUUUCCAAACACUACAUCUCAACUCAAUCUGCAACCCUCCUUUGUUACCUCAAAGAAUCCUUCCAUUUAUCAAGAAUCACAAUUAUUAAAAACAUCACACAUCUAUGAAACUAAUUUUAUCCAUAGUUUUACAAGUGCAGACAGAACUGUCUCUAUGUCGUCAUCAUAUCCUACAAUGGUGUCUGGGACGGAAAAGCAACCUGGUAUGACAAAAUAUCCACAAUCGAAUACUACAUUACUGAUUCGUAAAACCAAUUUUAUCAGUAGCAUUGCAUCGAUGAAAAGCAGUGUCUUUGAAGAAACCUAUAACACAAUGUCAUUUAUAAGUGAACCACAUAUGCUCAUGACAAAAUCACUGACAAGCCUGAUAACAACAACCAGCCAACCUAACUCGAUUAUGAAUACUCUGUCACCAACAGAAAGCAGUGUCUUUGAAGAAUCAUAUAACACAAUGUCGUUCAAAAGUGAACCACAUACGCUCAUGACAAAAUCACUGACAAACUUGAUAACAACAACCAACCAACCUCAGACCAUUAUGAAUACUCUGUCACCAACGGAAAGCAGUGUCUUUGAAGAAUCAUAUAACACAAUGUCAUUUAUAAGUGAACCACAUACGCUCAUGAAAAAAUCACUGACAAGCCUGAUAACAAAAACCAGCCAACCUCACACCAUUAUGAAUACUCUGUCACCAACAGGAAGCAGUGUCUUUGAAGAAACCUAUAACACAAUGUCGUUAAAAAAUGAACCACAUACGCUCAUGACAAAAUCACUGACAAGCCUGAUAACAACAACCAGCCAACCUAACUCGAUUAUGAAUACUCUGUCACCAACAGAAAGCAGUGUCUUUGAAGAAUCAUAUAACACAAUGUCGUUCAAAAGUGAACCACAUACGCUCAUGACAAAAUCACUGACAAACUUGAUAACAACAACCAACCAACCUCAGACCAUUAUGAAUACUCUGUCACCAACGGAAAGCAGUGUCUUUGAAGAAUCAUAUAACACAAUGUCAUUUAUAAGUGAACCACAUACGCUCAUGACAAAAUCACUGACAAGCCUGAUAACAACAACCAGCCAACCUAACUCGGUUAUGAAUACUCUGUCACCAACAGAAAGCAGUGUCUUUGAAGAAUCCUAUAACACAAUGUCGUUCAAAAGUGAACCACAUACGCUCAUGACAAAAUCACUGACAAGCCUGAUAACAACAACCAGCCAACCUCACACCAUUAUGAAUACUCUGUCACCAACAGAAAGCGCUUCCAUUACACCACCGCCCAAUUCAAUUACGCCAACCGUCCAGCUUAAUACAACUGAAAAUAACUCGUCAAUAACUACUACCACUAUUACUACAGUACCACCCAACUCGACAACAAAUGCCACGCAGCAAAGCACGACACAAAGCAGUGUCUUAGCAACUACAAUCCCUACCUUACCUCCAAAUGAUAUGACUAAGGAUGAACUGGCUAUUAUCUGCAUAUUGUCAAUUUUAGCAGCUGUGUGCGUAUUAAUUAUUUUUCUCCAGUGGUUUAGUUGCUUGAAAAAAUCUGAUGCAACAGCUUUUGCCAGAGUAGGGUAAACGUUUAAAUGCAACCAAAUUCAUGAAGAUGAUGGCAGGCUACAAUUCGACGUUUAAAUUCAUCUACAAACGUGAUGAGGACAUGUAGGAUGACUCGUUCUAAUUUAUCAGAAUUUUAAUUCUCUCUCUGAUACUACCUACGCGUCGAUGGUUUCAUGUCGACUUCUUUGUAUUUUUAUAUAAUUUUCCAUAAAUAUUUCCUUAAGGAUAUAUAGUCAAACUUUUAUAAAAUUUGCAGUUAUAAAAUACUAAAUAAUUAUAUUAUUACUUUUCUUUAUCUAUGUACAAAAAAUAAAUAUUUAUUUAAAACAUCAGUACAAAAUGUUUUCUUA